GCGGCGGCGGCGAUGAAGGGCCGUCAGAGAGGAUGCCCUCGCCUCACCCUCUGGGCUCCAACUUCACGGAGAACUAUCGGCUCCGCAGCCCCCGCGCCCGCCCUGCCUCUCCCGGCCGCGCGUCCAACUUAAUGCCCCAGCAGGAGCCUCAGACAGCAGACCCUCCGGCCCCCGGCCUCCUCCUCUCCGCGCAGCAGCCUGGGCUCCCGACGGCCUCCCGCUGCCGGCGGAGCCCCUGGCCCCGGCGCGCGUGGGUCCCGCGGCGCCCGGGGUGGCGGCAGCGCGGUAUGCGGCGGCCCCGCACACCAUGAGACACGGCACCGCCACCGGCACCAGUGGCAGGCAGGAGGCGGAAAGCAUCCCCGGCUCCUCAUCAGCGAAGAAGAGUUUACCGGCUCCCGAGGCCGGCCUCCUGCGCUGCUGGAGCAGCGGCGGCCGCUGCCGCAGCGGCACCGGCAAGCACCGGAAAAGCGGCGGCAUCCAGCCCAGUGGCACAGGCACCGACACCGCCGGCGCCACCGGCACCGGCACUAGCGGCGGCUCCCGCGCCCAGGUGGCCACCGCGGACAGCAGCAGCAGCAGCAGCAGCAGCGGCGGCGGCGGCGGCGGCGGCAGCGGCUGGGGCUUUCCCGCCGCGCUCCCGCAGCACCGGCACCCCAGAAAAAACUGCUUAGACAAUCUAAUGGAUGAAGAUGAGAAAGACAGGGCAAAGAGGGCUUCCCGUAACAAGUCUGAGAAGAAAAGGCGCGAUCAGUUCAAUAUUCUUAUCAAAGAGCUCAGCUCCAUGCUUCCAGGCAACACCCGCAAAAUGGACAAAACUACUGUGCUGGAAAAAGUCAUUGGCUUUCUGCAGAAACACAAUGAAGUCUCAGCACAGACGGAGAUUUCUGAAAUUCAACAGGACUGGAAGCCUUCGUUUCUCAGCAAUGAAGAAUUCACUCAGCUGAUGUUGGAGGCAUUAGAUGGCUUCAUUAUAGCAGUAACCACCGGUGGAAGCAUCAUCUAUGUGUCUGACAGCAUCACACCUCUUCUAGGGCAUUUACCGUGUGAUGUCUUGGAUCAGAAUUUGUUAAAUUUCCUCCCAGAACAAGAACAUUCAGAAAUUUAUAAGAUGUUAUCUUCUUGUAUGCUUAUGACUGAUUCUGCCUCAUCAGAUUACCUAAAAACUGACAACGAACUAGAGUUUUAUUGUCAUCUUCUGAGAGGAAGUUUGAACCCAAAGGAAUUUCCAACAUAUGAAUACAUAAAAUUUGUAGGAAAUUUUCGAUCUUACAGCAAUGUGCCUAACUCCACUUGCAAUGGCUUUGACGAGGCUGUCCCAAGGGCUUACAGAACAACCCCGGGAAAGCAGAUCUGCUUUGUUGCGACUGUUCGUUUGGCAACACCUCAGUUCCUAAAGGAGAUGUGCAUCAUAGAAGAACCUCUAGAAGAAUUCACAUCAAGGCACAGUCUGGAGUGGAAAUUUUUAUUUCUGGAUCACAGAGCACCACCAAUUAUAGGAUACUUGCCUUUUGAAGUGCUGGGUACUUCUGGCUACGACUAUUACCAUAUAGACGACCUAGAGCUGCUAGCAAGGUGCCAUGAACAUUUGAUGCAGUUUGGCAAAGGGAAGUCGUGCUGCUAUCGGUUUCUGACCAAAGGACAGCAGUGGAUCUGGCUUCAGACCCAUUACUAUAUCACCUACCACCAGUGGAACUCCAAGCCAGAGUUCAUUGUGUGCACACACAUGGUGGUAAGUUAUGCAGAUGUUCGGGUGGAGAGGAGACAGGAGAUGGGCUUGGUAGAAGUGUCCUCAGAGGUCGUGUCCUCAGCACUAAAGGACAGCAGUGCCAGCUUGGAUCCUGAACAGCACUUUAAUGCACUUGAUAUUGGUGCCUCAAUCCUCAACGCUAGUCGGACACCCUCAGUGUCAUCCAGGAGCUCACCAAAAUCUUCCCACACACCCAAGUCAGAUCCAGCAUCUACACCAACAAAGCUGAUUGCAGAGUCCAACACUCCCUUGCCAAGAACACCAAGCACGCAGCAGGAUUUAUCUGUGCAUAGACUCAGUCAACCUGCUACUCUUCAGGUUUCUUUGCCUUCUCAUGCUCCAUGCGAGCUUCUCCCACAGCAGGUGCUGCCUCAGGCAACUCUGCAAAAUCAGACUGCACCUCUGGCACAGUUCUCAGCACAGUUCAGCAUGUUUCAGACCAUCAAGGACCAGCUAGAGCAGCGGACCCGGAUCCUGCAAGCUAACAUCCGGUGGCAGCAGGAGGAGCUCCAGAAGAUACAAGAACAGCUCUGCCUGGUCCAGGACUCCAGCGUACAGAUGUUCUUACAGCAGCCACCGGUGCCCAUGAGCUUCAGCAAUUCUCAGCAGACAGAGUCACAACAGCUACAGCAGAGGUCAGGGGUUAUUUCUCAGCAGCAGCUUGUACCAAGUCCUCAGCUUCAAGGGCAAGUUGCAUCCUCACCAUCAGCAAACCAGCAAGCACUGAGAGAAGUGAGCGUGGUAUCAAGCCAGGGCCCGAAAGCGGCGAGGAGCUCGGAGCUGGCGCCUGGCAGCGGGCGCCCCGCUUGCAGCGCUCCUCAGCCGUUCCCUGCAGCCCCCGCCGGCGGCGGCACCGCGGCGCCCCCUGCCGCCCUGCCGCGGGGCGGCACUCCGGGUCCGGGCCCGAGCCCGGGCCAGCCCGGACCCGGCUGCAGCCACGACCAGCAGCUCAGACUCUUGCUCAGCCAGCCUAUUCAGCCCAUGAUGCCAGGGUCCUGUAAUGCAAGACACCCUUCAGACCUCAGCAUGACAGGAUCCCAGGCUAAGUAUUCUCAAACCCAACAAAUGUUUCAAAGUUUGGAAGUGCAGACUUCCAGCAGCAGCUCUCCAAUCAUACUGAUGGGACAAGCAGUGUUAAACCAAGGGUUUGCCACUACACCUCGUUCCCAGCCAUCCUCUCUGCCACCUAUGCAACUCCAGCACCAACAGCAUCAGCAACAACACUACCUGCAGGCAAAGAAGAUAAAACUGGAGCACACUGCCUGGAAGAACUAGGUGAAUUGAAGAUGUAAAAAUACUUAUUUUUUGACCUAAUUCAACACAUACUAAAGUAAAGGGGAAGGGAGGAAAUGAGGCAUUUCUAUAUUGCUCAAAAGGAGCUGAACUGAGUCUGUAAAACCUGAUCACAUAUCCACUGGCAUCACCGAAAGAGUAUCAUCAACCUCAAAUGGCUAAACUCUUGUUACUGACAUGAGACAUAGCUGAGAAUUACUGAGAAAACUAUGGCAGAUACUGUUCCCAGUAAAAGCAUCUGCAAAAUCCACAUCAGCUUCACCACUGUAAGGUCAUGCCCUACUGUAAACUCACAAAAAGGAAGGGCUAGGAAGGAUGGCAUGAGGUACACUAGGAUCCUCUGUUUCAUUUCUAUGUCCAUCCAUGUAAUUUCUGAUAUGUU